CGCGCCUCGCGUCUCGUCGCCGUACUCGCCGUGCUCGAGCAAACAGACACAGUCCAUCUCCGGCGGUCGGCCAGGCUACGCAUGCAACACCGCCGACAUCUCCGCGGCCGCCACUACACAAACCACGUUACAAAAAGGUUGUCGAGUCCUCGCGGGAACGUGCUCACAAUGGCUGAGAUAAGUGGAAGUUUCCUCAAUUUUACCACACUAGAACAGUGGUUGACGCAACAAUGACAAGAGAAUCCAUUCCGUGGAUACUUUACCUCUACCUACGUACUCAACUGGUCAGUCUCAUCACCUAUGCCUGUUUUGGUCAGAGUUGAACAUGAAGAAUGCAGAAAAAGUGAAUAUAAGCGCCAUCAGUAGGAGUGUCGUGUCUGUUAACCAAGAUGAAAGGAUUCCGUCUGAGGGGUAUGGCGUAUUUCAGUCAAGAGAGGCCAUCAUUCCACUAGAAAAGUCACAACUGGAGCCUGAGAAUGCAGAGUCAGAGCCGCACCAGGUCACCCAUCCCACGUCUUACUUGGAUACGAUGCUGCACAUCUUCCGAGGAAACAUCGGGUCGGGGCUGCUGGCCAUGGGCGACGCCUACAAAAACGGCGGCAUCGUCUUCGCGCCCAUCAUGACGGCUAUCCUAGGCGUUAUUUGCGUCCACGCGCAACAUCUGUUGCUCAAUUGUUCAGAAGAGAUGCACCGCCAAACAAAAAGGGAGAAACCGCCAAACUUUUCGGAAACAGUGUCCCUGGCGUUCGAGACCGGACCCCCGCGGCUGCGGCCGCUGGCCGCCACCAUGAAGGUGCUGGUGGACACCUUCCUGUGCGUCACCCAGCUUGGCUUCUGCUGUGUCUACAUCGUCUUCAUCGCUAAUAAUGUUAAAAUUAUCUGCGAGCAGUAUGGUAUCCACAUGGAGCUGUCGGUGCACAUGAUCUUCGUGCUGGUGCCGGUGCUGGCGUCGUGCAUGGUGCGGAACCUGAAGUACCUGACGCCGUUCUCUACGGUGGCCAACGUGCUGAUGGCGCUGGGCGUGGGCGCGGUCAUAUACGAGGCGGCGCACGGCCUGCCCGACGUCAGCACAAGGGACUACAUCGCCUCGUGGCGACAGCUACCUCUAUAUUUCGGAACUGCUGUGUAUGCCUUCGAAGGAAUUGGUUUGGUACUUCCGCUAAAGAACGAGAUGCGGCGUCCCGAGCUGUUCCAGAAGCCCCUGGGCGUACUCAAUGUCAGCAUGGUGGUGGUGGGCGCCAUCUUCGUGACCGUGGGCUUCCUCGGCUACCUCAAGUGGGGCGACGAAGUGCAGGGCAGCCUCACACUCAACAUGGCUCCUGGACAUAUCCUGAGUACCGUCGUGCAAGGCUUGAUCGCACUGGCCAUGCUGCUCACGUACCCGCUGCAGUUCUACGUGCCCGUGGCCAUUGCGUGGCCCGGCCUGCGCCGCAAGGUGGGCGCCGCCUCGCCCGUGGCCAAGGAGCUGGGCUUCCGGGCGGGGCUCGUGCUACUUACCUUCAUUCUUGCCGAAAGCAUACCCCAGCUGGGCCUGUUCAUCUCGCUGGUUGGCGCCAUCAGCAGCACGGCCCUGGCGCUCAUGUUCCCUCCGCUGAUAGAGAUAGUGAUGACCUCGCAGAAGCAAGGAGGAGUACCAUUCCGCAUGCUUGCCAAAGAUAUAUUUAUAAUUUUACUUGGGCUCUUUAUUUUUAUUACUGGUACUUACGAAAGUAUAUCUUCUAUUGUGACAGCUUUCAUAGCAAAAUGACAACUAUCUUCAUUAUUUUCUUACCUGUGUAAAUUAUAACUUAGUUACGCUUAGUAAAGCUUAGAAUUUAAUGCCCACUUAUCUUAUACUUCUAAUAUACUAAGCAAUUAGACAAUUGUAUAUUUUAGCAGUUUGAAAAUCGGAAACGAGCACUCAUUUAGUUACAUUUUAGAUGUUAUAGAAUGCCAUUUUAGAUGCCACUAUGCUAACAAUUCAAUUUUACAUAAUUAUUAAAAAUAUAUAAGUAUGUUAUAGUCAACUUUGUCGUAUCGAAUCCAUUACAUUUAAAAUGAGCAAACAAAAAUAUUAAUUAAGGCAAAUAAAUACAGAAGUCUUCCUGAAAGUGAGAAUGUUCGCUUAAUAAUUUAUGGUUGUGAUUAUAUCUGUUAAAAUCACUCCCAACGUUUCACCGAUGCCCUUAACUUUCUAGAUCCAAACAGACAUAUUAAAAGCAACGUAAUACAUAUUUGUAUGACAAAAAUAGCUACAUAAUUAACAAGUUAUGUGACAGACGUUCAACUGAUUUUUCCAUAGAUCCUUCCUUUCUUUUACUUUAUAUUUAUAUUUCCUUCAGAUCCUACAUAAUACACAUUCAGUACCUAUAUUUAGAAUAGGUAGUCAUGUAAUGCAGAUAUUUAAUAUAUGAGUAAUGAAUUUUAUCUGGGACUCGCAUGCACAAGUACACGGCCCUUACACAUAAGUACAUGAUUUAACUAAAACAGUGAGCGAUGAUUCGUCCACGUUGCAAGAAAGGGUUUCUAUAGGUAGUUGUUUGGUACGGGCCCCGAACGGGUGAGUAAAAGAAAUUAAUACAUAUUUGAUUUAUUAGUAUGCUUAAAACUUACAUAAAAUAAUCUAUUAUUCGCAAUAUACGUACCCAAUAUAAAUCUGUUUAGCUUGCGGCAUAAUUUAACAAGAGCGUCUGCUCUUGCAUGCUCGACUGAACUCUACUUUCCACUUGGUCGUUUGCUCAGUCAUGUUAUAUUUAAGAAAUUAUGAUUGUGACUACAUACUUGUGAAUAAGUACAAUGAAAUUUAUUUUCAUAUAAAUAAUUAUGAAUAUGUAGGUACUAUAUGCUUACUUACACUUUAUUAUGUAAGAUGUAAGUUUAAUUAUAAUAGCACAGUGAAUAUAUUUAUUUAUGGUCGAUUUAUUUAUUUUUAAAUAUGAAUUCUGAGAUCUGUUGAUUUUUUUCUAUGUUUAUUUAUCAUUGUCUCAAAUUUAGAUUUAUUCUUCUUCUUCCCUGCAUUUGUCACCGGCUUAUAGCCACGAUUCAUGAGAGCCUGGGCUCCGCUUGGCAAGUUGGCAACUAAUCCCAAGCAUUGGCGUAGGCACUUAUUUUUUUAUUUUAGAUUUAUUAAUAAAGUAUUGAUAAAUUGUGUAGCGUACUCACAUGCAGCCAACCGUUUGGCAUUUCACGCUCUAUUCUGAUGAUUGACCUGCCUAAUUAAUUUCACUGUGCUUUAAUAUAUUAUGUAGCCCUUACUAAGCACUAAAUAAGUAACUAUGCCACAGGUACUUUAAGCCUCACUGUUACCAAGCUUCUUGGUAUUUUGGGAACCCAUCUUACCUAUAAGUAAAAUUGCAAAUCAUUAGUUUAUUUACCGCAUUAAAAUAAUAACUUGGAUGGAAAUUGGAAUGAUAUAUGUAUUUAUAUUUUUAUUAUAAUCAUACCUGAUACGAAGUAGCUUUAGUAACGAUAAGUCUGUGAUACAGUGAGAGUGAAACUAAUGUGAUCGAUUAUGAAAACUGUAUUUAUUAUUUUCUAAGACAUUAUGGGUAACAUUAUUAGUCAUAGUCGCAAGUUUAUUACUGUAAUUUCCCAUUUACUAAAUAAUAAUGACACAUGAAAUAAAGAUAUUUAUAUAUAUGAAUAAUUUAUUACAAACCUAUUUUAAUAAAUAAAAUGGUGAAUAUGGGA